AUGCCUCGCAACAAUAACAACAACCCAACGCGAGGGCGUCCGCCCAAGCGUACUGAGCUUGACCUCAGUGCUUGUAUGAACACGGAACAAAAACACCUUCUUCAAAAACUUAUCACUACCAUUGCCGAAGAAAUGCAUACACAGAUACGCGACAACUUGGAGAAUCUUGAUCCUGGCUACGUUGCACCCGACCAAGGAAUCAACUCACCCAAACCAUCUCCCGAGGAAGUUCGCCACCUGUACCAAAAGACGGAAAACGAUAUCCUAACCUCAAGUCUUGCCGAACUUAAAAAAGACGCUCUUGCGCACUUCGGCAAAUGGCGCGUGAACUUGCACAAGCGUAUUCAGGAUAUCGUGAUAAAAAACGGCGGAACAGCUGGCAAUAUUGGCGGCCAGGCACCCCUACCACUAGGACCCAAUGCGGCUGCUGAGGCUGCCUCGCUGGCUCUUGUUCGACUGUACCCCCCCAUUCCUACGCCCCUCAAGGAUUGCCCCAAGGAGAAACGAGGCUUAAUGUUGCAUUGCAUACUGCUAAUUCUGCUCGGGCUUGAUCAAUAUUCCCUAUACUCAAGAAUUCUAAUGAUAAGGCUCGCCUCAUCGCUGACUGUCCCCAUGUGGGUUUUGCUGCAGGAUGAGAACAGAGCCUCCCAAGCCCUCUCUAAGGUUGUCUUGGGCAUCCCUAUCGAGGAGAUCGCCCAACGGCGAGCGGAGGAAGCCAAAACUUCCCGACGCUGGAAGCCGGGAAUGGCCAGUGCAGCACUGGGAGGAAACCCCGGCGUCCUUGCAGCCCCUCUCGUCACCGCUAGGCUCGGUACCGUUUUUGGGGGUAAGGGGCUUGAUCCGUCGGCGACAGCUACUCUGCUAGGACCGGUGAAUGAUAACACAGUCGUCGUUGGCACAUUGUUUGGUCUGUAUGGAGCCCGACAAGGAAGUAAAACGAUCGACGCGCACGGCAAGGACAUCCUGGAUUUCGGCAUGAUACCUUUGCACGUAACCAAUACGUCCGGGAUCAUCGACCCUAAGGAUGUGCCUGCUGAGAAUCGUAGAAUGCGAGUUACUAUAGGAAUCACCGGAUUGCUCACCAACCCGGACGAGUUCCUUGAAUCCUGGAAGUUUCUCGGUCACCAGAUCGAGGCCUAUGCAAUGAGAUGGGAACUGGAGGCUCUGACGAAGAUAGGGAUAGCGCUAGAGACGCUCACAAAGAGUUCAGCUUGGAGAGAAGCAAAAAAGGAACUUAAUUCGAUGACUGUCUUCGACAGGCUGACGAAGUCUAUAUGGCCUGCGCCUCUUGUGAAGAUCAGCAAGGUCAUUGAGAAUCCUUGGUGUAUAGGGAUAGUCCGAGCUGAAAAAGCAGGUGCAGUGCUUGCCGACGUUCUAAUCAACAGAAUCUACGGAGAUAGACCUGUUACCCUGAUAGGAUAUAGCCUGGGGGCCCGUAUAAUCUAUUGCUGCCUGAUGAUUCUAGCCGAGAAACGUGCUUUUGGGCUGGUAGAGAACGCUGUUCUUAUAGGCGCACCUUGCCCAUCCGAAGUUCGCGUUUGGGCAACGAUGAAGAGCGUUGUUGCCAGCAGACUGGUAAACGUCUUCUCCACCAAAGACUACACGCUAGGCUUCCUCUAUCGCAGCAGCAGUUGGCAAUACGGUGUUGCUGGCUUGCAGAAGAUUCGAGGUGUAUCAAAUGUCGAAAACUUCGAUAUGACCGAGGUAGGCACCAAUCACCUUCGAUACCAGCAUCUCGUCGGCGGUAUCCUAAAGAAGCUCGGCUGGGAGGACAUCUCUUAUGAAGAAAUCACGAAGGAGACGGACAAGUUAAACGCCCAGAUCAAGGCCGAAGCGAAACUUGACGAAGAGCGGGAGAAGAAGAUCCAAACUAAGCUCAAGGAAGAUACCAGAGCGAUCAUAAAGGGCAUGAAAGGUGUGAAGCUGGGUAGCAAGUAG